CCUUCCCCCUCGGGCAGUGAGUGGUGCAGCCCUGGCGGAAGUGAGGUGUCGAGCGCUGAGGCGCUUCCGGUGUGGGAGCGGCGAAGAAGAAGAAGAAGAAGGAGGAGGAGGGGGUGCGCGCAGUGACCGGGCUCGAUCCGAGCCGAGGCGGGGAGAUGCUCUGCACGGCGGUGGUGAUGGCGGGGAGCCUGGCGCUGACGACAGCCGUGGUGGCCCACGCCUAUUAUCUCAAGCACCAAUUCUACCCCACCGUUGUCUAUCUCACCAAAUCCAGCCCCAGCAUGGCCGUUCUCUACAUCCAGGCUUUCGUGUUGGUUUUUCUCCUGGGAAAAUUUAUGGGCAAAGUGUUUUUCGGACAGCUGCGGGCGGCGGAGAUGGAGCACCUACUGGAGCGCUCCUGGUAUGCCGUGACCGAGACCUGCUUGGCCUUCACCGUCUUCAGGGAUGACUUCAGCCCGCGCUUCGUCGCCCUUUUCACCCUCCUCCUCUUCCUCAAGUGCUUCCACUGGUUGGCCGAAGACCGGGUGGACUUUAUGGAACGGAGCCCCAACAUCUCUUGGCUCUUCCACUUCCGUAUUGUCUCCCUGAUGUUCCUUUUGGGAAUCCUGGACUUCCUCUUCGUUAACCACGCCUACCACAGCAUCCUGACGCGUGGAGCCUCGGUCCAGCUCGUCUUUGGCUUCGAGUACGCCAUCCUCAUGACCAUGGUGCUCACCAUCUUCAUCAAGUACGUUCUCCACUCCAUCGACCUGCAGAACGAGAACCCGUGGGACAGCAAAGCCGUCUACAUGCUCUACACGGAGCUCUUCACGGGGUUCAUCAAAGUUCUCCUCUACAUGGCCUUCAUGACCAUCAUGAUCAAAGUCCACACCUUCCCGCUCUUUGCCAUCCGCCCCAUGUACCUGGCGAUGAGGCAGUUCAAGAAAGCAGUGACAGAUGCCAUCAUGUCUCGCCGAGCCAUCCGGAACAUGAACACGCUCUACCCGGACGCCACGCCGGAAGAGCUGCAGGCCAUGGACAACGUCUGCAUCAUCUGCCGCGAGGAGAUGGUGACGGGCGCCAAGCGUUUGCCUUGCAACCACAUCUUCCACACCAGCUGCCUGCGAUCCUGGUUCCAACGCCAGCAGACGUGUCCCACUUGCCGGAUGGAUGUUCUCCGGGCUUCCCUCCCAGCACAGCCGCCUCCGGAGCCACCGGAACAAGGCCCAGCGCCACCCCAGACCCCACAAGUUCCUCAACCCCCCAACUUUCCCCAAGGAAUCCUUCCCCCCUUCCCACCGGGAAUGUUUCCCUUCUGGCCCCCGGUUGGUCCCUUCCCGCCGGUUCCUGGCGUUCAACCACCCAACAGUGCCGAAAACGCUACGCCGACCUCCGGCACUGCUUCGACCACCAGGCCUGGUGACUCCCCCAGCACCGGCUCGGAAGCUGCGGCAUCGGGGACGGCGCCAGGCCUUCCGUUGCCGCCCCCGUGGAUGGGAAUGCCGUGGCCACCCGUUUUCGGCUUCCCACCAAUGCCGGUGCCGCCAGCCGGCUUUGCCGGAUUGACGGAAGAAGAACUUCGAGCCAUGGAAGGCCACGAUCGGCAAAACCUUGAAGCGCGGUUGCAGUGUCUCCAGAACAUCCACACGCUCCUCGACGCCGCCAUGGUGCAAAUCAACCAAUAUCUGACGGUCUUGGCCACCAUCGGGUCACCCCGACCCGGCGCUUCCCGGCCACCAACCGCCUCCACCGAGGAUUCCACCCCACUCCGCUCCCCCGAAAGCCCUUCAGCAUCCGGAACCGACGGCUCCGCGGCCACCGCUGGUGCGUGAGGGUGGGAAAACACCCCGGGAAAGCCAUUUAGGUGCCAUUUUUGGGGUGGAAACAAGGAUUCUCCCCCUAAAAACCACUUCUGCAUUGUUUUAUGCCCUCUUAAUUAUUGCUAAUUAGCGAUGGCGAAUGACCGCAGGUAUUAAUUACCCACCAGCAUCGCCGGUGGCUGUGUUUUAGGGCCAAACUCGCUGUUGGCGAGCUCGCUUACCGGGAGAACUCUGCUCGCAGGUCUCCCUCGCGGUUCAAACUGGUUUUACUGGUUUCACCGCACACUGUACUGGUCCUUUUGCCACAGAUCCUCCGGUCGGAGCCGAAGACUUCACCGCUGAGGAAGAGGAAGAUGGCGCCGAAGGCUCAUCCUCCCAGGAUGAACCGGACACGGCCGAGCUUCGCCGCCGCCGCCUACAGAAACUGGCCUCGCCGUCGCACUGACGCCAACUGGAUCCCGGCAUUCCUGGCGUUCCCAACCCUCUUCUUCGGCGUUACCGCGCCCUCGGACACCACCAGCCGGUCGGCGCUUUGUUUUCUGCCGCUUUUUCCUCCUCCUUUUCCACCAAAACGGGGGAAAUCCACAUCCUAGCUCCGCCGUUUGGCGCUCCCGGCUGUUUCUUGACCUGUUUUUUUUCCCCAUUUUUGCCCUUUUUCACCCCAUUUCUCUACCGGAGGGGUUGGGGUGUGUUUCAGAGCCGGCGGUUUUGUGUAUUUUGGGAAAACCACACCCGUAUCCGGGUGGGAAUUACAGUCGGAAGGGGUUGAUCGCAGUGCUGGGAAUCAAACGAGCGCCGGCGCCGUGUGGAAUUCCUCAAAAUCGCCUGGUUUUAACCCAAAUUCCCGUCUGGUGUCACCGAUGGCCUCAACGGCUUUUCCAUGCUCUCACCUCCCCUCCUCAUUAGCAAAUGAGCUCGUUAACAGUAUUAACCCCUUCCCGCACCAGAAUAUUCCCCUUUGAAGCCCAUCCAUUGCCGCCUUUCCGGCAACUUCUUAACCCCGGAAUGCUCUGCGGCACAGCCGAACUGGUUGAUGCCGGUUUUGCUUUGCCGGCGGCACCGGAAGGUGGAUUUUUUUUGGUCUCUUUUGGUCUUUUUCCACCUUCAACGGCUGAAUUUUUGCCUCGUUUCCCUCACCCGAAGGCGAUUCGGCCUCAGCGCGGCACCGCUGGCGCCAUUGCCCGGAGAAAUCUGGCUCCGCUUCCUCUCGCGCUGCGUUUCGCCGGGGCCACCGCGGCUCUUCAGUGCCUCUUUGAUCGGAAAAGGGCUCAGCGGAGCCCAAAUCUCUCAGGGAAAACUAAAACCACGGUCGGAGACGGCGGUAACCCCAAGUUUUGGGGCAGAAAAUGGCUUUUUUUUGCCCCAAGUGGUGGCGGCGAGAGGACAGCGCGGGGCAAGGACCUCCGGCAGGUGAGUUUUUUUGGGGCAAGAAUGGUUCUUUUUAGUAACGAGGCUGAUUUUCUUCUUCUUCCCCUUCAGUUUUUGGCUCGGGUUGUCUAAAACUCGAGCGAAUUAACGAGGAAUGCCGCAAUAACGAAGCGGGGAGUUGAUUUCUUUUAACCUUUCUUAGUUUUAACAAGAAUGGAUUUUUCCAUUUGGUUCUGUUUGACGUUGGGUUUUGGGUUUUUUUUUUCUGGUGGAUUCCUCCAAAUUUCUAUUGUUUUGGGGUGAAAACCCACAGGAACGGUGACGCGAUAGCGCCUGAAUUGAGGCUGUUUCACCCCAAAGCCGCCCCGUUUUCACCCCAAAAUCGUUGUUCCCCUUUUUGGGCGGCGUCAGAUGAAUUAUUUAAUUUGUAAAUACUGUAUAAAUUUUUAAUAGCUUAAUUGUAAAUAAGUGGAAUAAAGGUUGCAGUAAAGCUGGCGCUCCUCCCGCGGCCAAGAUGGCGGUUGGCCGCUCUAGGCCGUCUACGCUGUCUCUAUGGUCGCUCAACGAGCCAUGGGUCCUCUAUGGCUUUUCAAGAGCCCAUUGAUGGCUCUGGUCUGACUUCCCAUCGCCGUCUCUAUGGUUCUUCAAGCACUUCCUGGCCGCUC